AUGCAAGACAGAUCGACCGCAGUUACACGAGAUCUCCUCGAAGAUCGCCUCCCUGCAAGUAUUGCAUGGUCCUUUAUGGCAAAUCUCAGGGCAGGUGUGCCGUCCGCAUUUCAACAAACGGCCGCAAAUCCGAGUGCAAAUAUGUUCGGCCUCCACAUCUUCAUCACUCGGACGGAGAUGAGAUUUGAGCUUCCGCCGCAAAGCCUGGCGCUCCACUGCCUUUUGCUCCCCAGGACAGCAUCUAUCUGCACAUGCAUGACGUCCGCAGUGAAGUCCGGUCUUGCAGGUUCGGAAACAUUGCGGCGGCUCGAUUGUGCCCUGGUGACAGACAGUCAUAAACGAGUUACGUCCGCACCGGCACUGUAUAGGAACGCUGCGCCUGCAGAAUCCGCAGGGCCCGGUGUGACAGAUCUUAUCGCAGCCAUGCCCGCACGGGAGCAUCUUACCACAAGCCUUUCGGCAAUUUAUGAUAGGAUCCUCGCAAGAUAUCCGGGGCCGGUAUCCAGAGAUUUCGGUCAGAGGCGUCUUUCCGCAGGGACAGUGGUGUACGACAUCGGGCGACCUUGGACAGUGGGCCGGGCGUACGUCUUGAGGGUGGCAAUCCUUCUGGCAGAAAUGAGCACCGCAGUCAAAGGGGCGAUUGCACCGGUCGGGACAGCUGAAACAACCAGUCCAAUCCUCCACUUGACCAUCGGUCCCGUCCUGUAUCUUUUGACUGUCCAUUUCCUCGUCCCUGGAGCUGCACAGCAUUUCUGUCUGGACCUUUCCACAGUAGCAACGAGCUUCGACUUUCACUUCACACGUGCCACAAAGACCCUCGUGGCACGGACGAGAACAGGUAUGCUCCCCACAGGGCAGCAAGUCCCCACAGACCUCGCCGCAGCUCCAUCCAUUCUCGUAAUCGGUGUCCUGGCAACGCUUGGUGGACGAAUUCCUGCCGCAGAAGCAAUCUUGAGUCGGGCCCAUGGCAGUACACGGGGCGCAAGGCCCAGCAUGACAGGUCGCAUCACACGGGUGAGGGCAGCCUUUACGUGUCCUCGCACAGGUUUGGCCGCACGAAUGUGGAGGGAGACCGGGAAGUGGGCGCGGGUCGACAUCUUUUUCACACCAGCAAGUAUAGGUUGA